AUGAAUAAGUCCUUUAGUCGCUAUCCUUGGACGACCCAAACCCGUCCCACAAAUCUUCAGCCACGACGACGAGCAAGAAAAGCUCUUCGACGACCACCGAACGGGACAAAACCCAAUCAAGUACAAAGACGAAAAGGCGAAGACGGAGAAAAGGUGUGUGGCGAGAAAAGGAGAAGCUCUGGAGGCGGUCGAGUCCUUCACUCAGCCUUCCUCCUCCAUACAAUCGGAGAGAGUGACGGACGAACAUCAUCGCAUAUACAACAAAUAACAACAACCACAACGAACACUCCAUCAACAAGCACUGCUGCGAGCAUGUCAAUGAAGUUUUUCUCCGGCUUACAGGACCUCCUCGGAUUGUAUCAGGGUGACACGGCUCCUCAAGGUACGUCAGGUUCUCCAUCUCUUCUUUCUUCUCCAUCAGCUCCUUUACCGCCAUCAGCAGCCUCAACUCAUUACCCAAAUCAUAAUGUUCCGGGUCCUCAACGAAGACGAUCGAUCAAUGAGUUGAAUGCUCAAUUUAAAGCCGAUACGGAAGAGAACGAGUCCCGUUCAGCGAAAUGUUCUCACAAUCGAUCUGUCCAUUUUCCACCCGAAGAAAAGAUUGUCUCUGGAUGGCAUGCUGCCCCAACAUCUCCCUUUCAUCCACCACAUCACCAUUUUCAUCAAUUCCAUCAUCAAAUCUUGGAUCUACAUCAUCAAGAACCACAAUCGUCACAACAAUCCAAUUUUAAGACUUCGAACCUUGAAGAGAUCGCUGCUUCUUAUGCACGGACUUGUGCCCAUUUCGGAACCACUCCCAACACACCAAUUUUGAAACAGAUUACGUGUUUUCAUCGGGUACCCGGACUUCGACAAGAAUUGCUAUCAUUGAAAGGUGAACGAGUGACCCAUCAACAAAUGGAAGCAUUGGAAGAAAUUCUUCGACGGCUCCAAUUUGAGAGCCUCGAUUUCGAAUACACAUUUCUAGACGAUGAUUGUGUGAUCUCUUUAUCGGAAAUGCUGGAGUUCUACGAUUCGACUCAGAAGCUCAAUCUCUCUUUCAAUAAACAGAUCAAUUUACGGGGAUGGACUGCCAUAUUUAAAGCCGUUCGAAAUUCUCCUUCUCUUCAAUUGCUCAAUCUUCGAUAUACCUCGCUGUCUGAUAAGGCUCUCCCAUCUCUUUGUCGAACUCUUCGUGCCACUCCUCCGCCCUCACUCACUUGUCUUCAUCUUGAACAUGUCGGAUUGGCCGGAAAGAAUCUUCUAUUGGUUGUUUGUGCUCUCAAAACAAACACCACACUUAAGGAACUCUACCUCGGUGAGAACAAUCUCCAACAAACCGAUGGCGCUCAUUUAUAUCAAUUGAUCGUCUCAAAUACGGGUCUUACUACACUCGAUCUCAGGAAUAAUGAAUUGCAUGAUGCGGGUGUUCGUCACAUUUGCGACGCUUUGAGGAAUGGUGAGACGUGUAAGAGAAGCGCUUUGCAGGCAUUAGUUUUGUGGAACAAUCGGAUCACUGGAGCAUGCAUGGAUUCGAUGGCAAGAGCUUUGUGUGUGAAUCGUCGCUUGGAAACACUGAAUGUUGGGAGCAAUAACUUGGGAGAAUUGGGCAUUCAGAAUCUCAAACCGGCUUUGUUGAGUCCCGAUUGUGGUCUGCAAAGGAUGGGAUUGCAGAGUACAUCGAUGAAUAAUCAAUGUGCAAUCAUGAUCGCUGAAUGUAUGGCUGACAACACGACAAUGAUUCGAAUUGAUCUCAGGGAUAAUACGGGAAUCUCGUCAGCUGGUUUAUUGGCUUUACACUCGGCAAUGAGACACAACAAAACACUGACCAUUUUGAAUUUGGAUCAAAGAUUGGCGACGACAACAAGUGCAAAGGUUCGAUCGUAUCAGGACGACUUUCGACGCAUCUUUGACGAAAUCCGGGACUUCUGCGAGAAGAACAAAAGAAUGGCGGUGGAAAGGAUUGAAGCAAGAGCGUGUGAUGAAAGAGAUGAUGAUGAGAAUGGAGGAGGAGUGGCUGGAGACGAUGAUUUUGUGCAUAUUGAUGGAGGAAUGGAUGAAGUGAUCAAUGAACAACAGACAAAACAAGAUGAGCAACAGACAAAAUCCGAGGGAUCUCCGGAAAAUCAAACCGAAGUGAGUCUUGUUGAUGGAGAACAAGAAGAAGACGAUGACCUUGGCCCAGAAGACAUUUGCAGAAGUGGAUCUGUUGAUUCAUCUCUAUUCGCGAAACCAAAAGGGAUUAAUCGAUUGGCGAGAAGUGCGAGUCUCACUUGUGCAGAAUAUUAUCCCGAUAGUAUGAUCCAAGAACGAUUGCGUGAAAUGUUGGGAUCGACUCAUUCUCUUGAUGAAACCGGGAAAACAAAACAAAAAGCUCAACACGAGGCGACAACGGGUCAAGAAUUAACAACUACUACUGAAGGUGAAGAUUCCCACAGCGAUUCGAUAAGAACGAUCAAAAAGGGCCAACAAGCCCCGUUUGUCACCGCCGCUCUACAACACCAACAACAACAAAAAGCCGAAUGGGGUUCUCUUCCCUCAUUGCCCGGCUCCUCUUCACCAACAAUCACCCAAUCUGGUGGUUCUGUUGUGAAAAAGCUUCGUCGUUUCUCCGUUUCUCCCACCACAUCCACUUUUGAUCUCGCACCAACACUUAAGCCAACCACCUCAACACCAUCAACGGGUACUUCUUUGGUGGAGGGAAAAUCGUCGUCCCUUUCAUCUUUGCCAACAAGUGGAUCAACAAUGACAUUCAAUAACAAUAAUAACAAAAUUGGUGUGAUCACUCCAGUUCACGAGAGAACAUCGGUCGAUUGUGAUGAAGAAAGAGAAGCAUUAAAUGAAGCAUUUCUGAAGAAAUUAACACAAGGAUUUCUGUCUGAUAAUACAGAAAAAGAUCUUCCAUCAACACCAAUUAGAAGACAAGAAGAUAUUGAAAAUGAAGUGAAAGCUGUUGUACAAGAUCUCGUCAAUUAUGUGGUUUACGAAGAGAACUCCGUGGUGGAAAGAAAGAAAUCAUUGUUAUUACAAGGAGGAACAAUGGAAAGACCUGAUCCUGAGAAAUUGAUGAGAUUGGCAUUUGGAGAAAAGAUGGAGAUCAAAGAAACCACAAUGACACCGACACCGACAACACCGAACAGAGCAUUCUCGAUUGUCGAAGAUGUUUGUGAAGAAUCGGAGGAUCGAGUGGUUGAAUCGAUUGUGCGCGGAUUGGUACGAGAUGUACUCAAACAGGAAAAAGAGCAAUUACGUGGUACUCUUGAAAGGAAACGAAACCGGCUCCUCGCCUCGAGUCCCUCAACUCCAAAUCCACCCAAAAAGGAC